AUGGCGGCAACGGCAGACUCCCUAGCUCCCGUCUCGAAUCUACCCCCACCAAUGCGAGAGUACCUCAUUCACUUCGCCCAAGUGCACGAGACAUUCCGCAAACCAGAGCUCGAAUCUCUCGCAAAGUUAUUCAAUAUAGAUUACGAAAUCCUACAGUAUUCCGAAAAGUCUCCAUUCGCACGCAUAGCCCUAAAAUCAAACGAAGCCGCCAAAACCCUCAUCUCCCGCUCAAUCCUAUCAAAGGCCAUCUACGAACUCUGGGGCACAGGUACAACCUACGAUGAAGUCCACACCUCUGUCAAAUCACGUACCUCCCACCUCUGGCAUCUCUACAAGACCUGUUCCUUCAAAUUCGGGUUCGAGUCUUUCAACGGCAUGAGAACCGAAUCCUACAAAAAGAAACUAAUAGAGUCAUUCUCAUACGUUGGGUUCGAUGGUCCAAUCCGUAUGAAGAACCCGGAUGAACUAUUCGUUAUAAUGGAGGAUUACGAAGCCACUUCCAUGGUUGAUUUGGAACGCUUUGCGGCUUUAAAUAUCGAUGAGAAGGCUGAGGCUCCUUCUCGGAAUCCUACGCAUCUGGAUGAACCCCAUCAGAUAUAUUUCACACGAUUUAUUGGGAAGUCAAGUAGAGCGAUAAUAGAGACUUACGAUCUCAAAAAACGAAAUUAUAUCGGUACAACAUCGAUGGAUGCUGAGUUAUCAUUAGUAACCGCGAAUAUGGCUCAUGUCGGUCCCGGGAAACUAGCAUACGACCCUUUCGUGGGUACCGGUAGCUUUGCGGUUGCAUGUGCACAUUUUGGGGCUGUGACGUUUGGAUCGGAUAUCGAUGGGAGAAUGAUAAGAGGUACAAAAUCUGGGAAAAGUCUCAGGAGUAAUUUUGAACAGUAUAAGAUUAUGGAUAGGUAUGGUGAUAUGUUUGUUAGUGAUUUGACGAACAGCCCGCUGGGCAGGUUCGGAGCGACAGCAGAAGGCGGGAAGAAGAGGAGUGAGCAGAUCUUCGAUGCGAUUAUUUGUGAUCCACCGUAUGGGGUUAGAGAAGGAUUGAAGGUCUUGGGGAGCAGAGACCCGUCGAGGCCGAAGGUACCAACUAUCAUUGACGGAGUUGCACAGCAUACGUUGAAGGACUUCGUUCCUCCAAAGCGGCCAUACAGCUUCGAUAAAAUGCUGAACGACAUUAUGAACUUCGCAUCCACACAUUUAGUACCAAACGGUCGUCUUUGUAUUUGGUUACCCACCGCGGAUGAAGAUUUUAACGAAUUCUCGGUCCCAGCGCAUAGGAAUCUCAAAUUAGAGUCGAUUUGUGUUCAGAAUUUUAAUAAAUGGUCUCGAAGAUUACUUACGUACACUCGGUACGAGGUCGAUCAAGACCAGCCGGUAGUAGACGAAGAGGUUUUGCCUGAUGCUACUGAAGAAACUCUUGAUACUGCGAAGGCUAGACUCGCAAGGACUGCGGAUGCUCUGAAUCCAUUCCGAAGAAAGUACUUCGAGGGCUUUAAGACACCUCCAUCAGAAGAUUAA